CCCUAGUUUGGUUUUAGGGUUCUUGAUUCUUUGUUUGCAGGGAGAGCGAGGAGCGAUGGCGGCAGCGAUUGCGCCAGCUGAAGUGCCGAGGCCGCCACGAAUGCCGCAUGCCGGGCGAGCACUGCCGCGCUUGACUGUCGACCGUGAAAAGACAUGCCCGCUCUUGCUCAGGGUCUUCACAAAGCUUGGUGAGCAUCACAGUGUGGAAGAUUUUGCAGUGCGAGGGAAAGAGCCCAAGGAGGAAGUCCAAAUCUAUACCUGGAAGGACGCUACUCUCCGGGAGCUCACAGAGCUGGUGAAAGAGGUUGCUCCGGCUGCGCGAAAGCGAGACGCGAAACUAUCUUUUGCGUUUGUCUACCCUGAUCGCAGGGGCCGAAACAUUGUCCGAACGGUCGGAACGACAGUCGCAAGCCAUCCAAUGAGGCGAGGCCACGAGGAUGACAAGAUGCUCCAGGAUCUCGGGUUUCAGAUUGGAGAUUUCCUAGACGUAGCGAUUCUUUGAGCGAGUUGGCUUUGUACGAUAUCUCAGCAGCUUGACAGAAGAGGUAUCCAAGUUGAUAUUUCAUUUUAGAAGGAGCUUGCGUUUGUUGUGCUGCCGGCUGAGCGAUUAUCUCUUUCUUUUGUCUCUUGUCUCUCAUCCCUUCUUCUCGUGGCAUUGUGGAAUUUAUCGCCAGUGACAGCGACUCUGAGGAA